AUGACCGGUCAGAACAGAACUACUGGAUUCAUACAUCGUAAAAAUCACGUCCCGUUAUCUAUCUAUCUAUCUAUCUAUCUAUCUAUCUAUGUUCAAAUAUAUCUAUUUAAAUUUUGUAUCUAUCUAUCUAUCUAUCUAUCUAUGUUCAAAUAUAUCUAUUUAAAUUUUCUAUCUAUCUAUCUAUCUAUCUAUCUGCAGCAUACCCAUAAUCUUUCACUCCUCCCUCAGCUGCACCCUCUUCUCUCUCUCUCUCUCUCUCUCUCUCUCAUACUUUCUACAGACAUCAUAGCCGAGAAAAGAGGUGGCUCUCUCUCUCACUCUUUCUCUCACUCUUUCUCUCACUUUUCUUUCUCUCUUUCUCUCUCUCUUUCUCUCUCUCUCUUUUUUUUUCUCUUUCUCUCUCUCUUUUUCUCUCUGUCUCGGUGCUUGCGGAUGUGGAACAUUCUUCUGUUCAUCUCUCUCUCUCUCUCACUCACACACACACACACACACACACUACCAACAGUUUGGAUCUAUCUAUCGUCAAAGUUUCUUUCUUUCUUAUUAUAUUCAUAUCUAUCUAUCUAUCUAUCUAUCUAUCUAUCUAUCUAUCUAUCUAUCCUUCCAGUUCUUUCUUUCUUUCUCGCCAGGUUGUGUCUAUCACUCUCUCUAUAUAUCUAUAUGUCUAUCUAUCUAAGUCUGUUCCUGGCUCUAUAA